AUGUCGUGGGAAGAAUACUGCCCUUUCGAGGGCGUUCGCGAUCUUCUCAUCGCAUGUCUUCUCGUCUGCAUGGUCGCAUCGACUGUUGCCGACCAGCCAAUCAACAGUGACUUUGAGAUUACUUUCACAGCCUACCGUCUCCGCCAAUUCACACUCACCGGUGUGUCAUAUGGCUCCAGAUCUGCCCGCUUUGCCUAUGAUGUUGUUCCAUUAAAAGAUUCGGUAGUCAGACGAUGCUUGGUGGUCAGAUGGAGCGAUCUUCAAGAGCAGAACCUUCAAGAAGUUGUUGGAGGUAAUGCUGGAGCGGUUUUGAUCAUCUUACCGAAGGGCUUGAAGCCUCCAACUGAAAGAGUAAGUCGUUUACAGAAUUAUUUCGAAAUUUAGGCCCGAACCAUACCAUUGUUUUCUUGGAUUGAUCAAAAAAUUAUAUAAAUAUUUUAGUCUGGCAACAAGCUGACUCUGGAGGAAGAACUGGCUCGGUUCUCGACUGAUCAAGCCGUUUACUUCGCCGAAACGACUCCGGAGCUCGAGGUUUUGGUCAGUAGUGCUAAGACAACUAAAGCCCCUACCGCGUUCCAGCAAAUGCUCAAUCUUUUUGUGGAAAAUGCUUUCCAAGUCUCUACUACGAGUGCUGGAGUCCCUGUGCCGGUGGUCAAGCCUCAUUUCAACAUUAUUGUAAGGAUUUCUCUGGUUUGGAGCUGAUACAAUAUAUUUUGGUGAUGUUAAAAUUAGGUGGAUCGUGUAUAACAGUGAUUUUUUUCAGGGUAAACUGACUGCUCCCGAAAGAAAUGCCCCAAGUGUUGUCAUCGUCGCUCAUUAUGACAGUCGUUCAGUUGUUCCAGUAAGUAAAGUUUUAUUAUUCAGUUUUACGUUCAGGGCCUUUCAACUGGUUAUGACUCAAAUGGAUCCGGGGCUUUGGCUCUAAUCGCCUUGAUGCAAAAGCUUUCCCAGUACUACAAAAUGGAGAAUAUGAGACCAAAAUUGAACACAAUCUUUGCUCUAACUGCGUUGGGAAGCUAUAACUAUCAAGGAAGUCGAAGACUGUCCGAUGAACUCGUCGAAAAUCAAGGUAAAUUUUAUUUUUUUUUGGCCAAUCUUUUGUCAUGGAUAAUAUAAUUUUGGUCAAGUUUAUACGUUUUACUUGCAGAAAAGGGUGAAAGAACACUUCUGGUGAUCUCAUUGGAGUCUCUACUUGGCGGAGACAAGUUAUACGCCCAUAUUUCGAAGAAUCUUCAGGAGAAAACGGCCCCGUUCAACUUUUUGAACCGAAUGAAAUAUUUCACAACGAAAUCGAAAGAAAGAAUUGUGAAGUUGAAUGGUCAGAUCAACAUUGAUGAAUACAAUUGGGAGCAUGAGGUCUACUUCAAGAACCGACUUUCUGCAUUGACUUUGAGCCACUUUGACAGCGCCCGAAAUCCAGCGAGGUAAAAAAUUGCUAUUUAAAAUAUAACCUUUUCAUAAUUUUUUGUGAAAAAUUUUGUUUCAGAACCUCGAUUGUGUCAGAUGUGGACCUUAGCAACGAACAAGAGCAGUACGAAAAGUUCAAUGAGAGAGUUCGGCUGAUCGCGGAAACCUUGAUCAGCUAUGUGUUCAAUAUUGAUCUGAAUUGGUGCACUGAGUCCCUGAAAGAGGCUGAUGAAUGUCAUAUCCUCCCCAAAUUUGACGCUCUUUCCGAUGAGAAUCAUUUGAAACAGCUCUUCCAACAGCCCAGACCGGCUCAUUCACUCCCACCCAACCUAGUGCAAGAUCUUUUGAAGCUGGUCAAAAACACUGCUCAGACCGGGAAACUUCAACAAUUCCAGCCGUCAGACCUCCAAAUCUACGAUAAUAUCCAGGACGAACUGGUUGCUCAAGUUGUGAAACCAGCAUUGUUCGAACUUGUACUUGCUGUAGCUAUUGGUGCGUAUGCUUUCCUGAUCUACCAGUUGGCUCAAAACUCACAGGAGAUCCUCCAAUCUGCUGUCAAAGUCUUCUCAAAACCAAAAACUCAAUAA